CAAAAGGCUCCGUUCUAAACUGGCUGAAUUGGCAUGGGCAUCGCUGGUUCUCGGUUCCCGCCAGCACCCGUCAGGUUAACCGGUAUCAACCGGUAUUUAUGUUUUACGAAACUUGUGCGGCUUACACUUAAUUACGGUAUCUCGUUAGUUGUGAUUUGUUUCUGAAACGUCGCCCUUAAUGUGAAAAAGAUGUCUGAAGAUAGAGGAGCAACAACAGAAGAUAUGUGGACUCCAUACAAAGAACUGCAAAGUCUUGUUGAGAAAUAUGUAAUAUCAGUCCCUGAUAUUCAAGAUCCUCAGUAUCAUGAACUCACAGAAGCUUUGCGAAAUCAUAGACAAAAUUUUCUUACUAUAUUAAAGAAUCCACCAAAAAAUAUGAAAAGUCGCGAGGAAAUUAAAAAAGGAGUAACAGAUGGUAUUACACUACCCGGUUUGGGUCAUCAAAUAUUAUCAAAAGAGUUAGUGGAUGAAACUCUUAUUAUAUCAGAUAUGUAUGACCUGAACGAGUUCAUGGCACUGGAUCUUCUCUGUACGGCUCAACUUCAAAUGCCGCACCAUCCAGGUUUAACGCGCGGUUUAACAGCUGUUCUUUUGUAUUACGAUGGAAGAAAAGCACUGACAUCAGUAUUGAGGACCUUAGUGCACACUCGAAUUGGUCACAGCUGGGCAGUGGAUGCACCGAUUGCUCUUACAAGACAUAUUACAGACUAUACAAAUAAAUUGCAAGAGGAUGGCUUAUUAAAUAGGAUUUUAUCCUUAUUAGAGGAAAUGGAUCCCACUAAGGAACAAGACUUGCUGCAACAAAAUAGAGCAUUAGGUGGAGCAAAACAUCAUCAGAUGGUUAUGAAGCUUUACAAUGACACACGACAAGAUCUGGCUGAUAUUUUGUACUUAUGGUCCGCUCAAUCGUCACUUCCGAAUAUAAUCCUAUUUCGUUUAUUAUCUAUAUUACAAACACGUCAAGUAGAGUCCGAAGCGGGUGAAGGAGGACCUGACAAAGUUACACUUGCACUCAUUAUGGCUGUUUUGAAUGCUUACAAUUUUAGUUUCUUACAUAGUCGCGAAAAUGGCGAAGAAUUAAUUAAUUCAAUGCCACUAAUAACGGAAAGAGAAGCACUGGAAGAACUGAAUCAAAAGUUAAUAUCCACUAACAUAAAUUGGGAGAGUGCUGGAUUGCGAGGAGUGAUACAGUUUGCUUUAGCCAUAGCUAUGAUCACCAUCAAAACAACUGCCACUCAAUUUCAGUCUCAAAACAUCACCGCGGAAGAUGAGAUACUUCUAGAAGCAGCUCUAGCUAACAAAGCCUUCCAUUUUAUGGCCGAGGUUUUGCUCAAGAAUAGUUGCAUACAUCAGGAGGAAUUUUAUAUUCGCUAUUUUCACACAUUGAUCUCUGACUUUAUAUUAUUGAUGCCCGUUAAAGUCAAAGAAUUACGUAGUCGCGCUGAUGAAUCUAUGCGCUUGAUUCAAGCAUUCCAACAGGAAGGCAUCGAACCUCCGAUGAACCUGGAUAAUCAUUUUGAAUAUUUAAUGUUGAUGGUAGCAGAAUUGUAUAAGGAAGAUCCAUUGAAAUUAAAUUUGGCUAUGGAUUAUUGGUGUCAUCAUACUGAUACGACUCAUGUAUCAGCUCCCGCGUACAUCAGUCGCCUGCCAUCUAGACAGGUUGCCUUAUUUAAAUUUAUACGUCUUGCCGGAGAGAUAUUACCAGCAGGUUUAUUUGUUCCUUAUAUGAAAAUGAUAGCGUCUCUCGCCUCGUCGCCGCAAGCAGCUAGAUACGCAUUUAAUUUUUUUAAACCAAACGGCUCAUCUGGUUCAGCGACUAUUUCAUGGGAUCAUUUCUUCAAUUCCUUAAAUCGAUACUAUUACAAUUUGAGACAGGAAUUACCUCCUAGUCAGGAUACAGUAUAUAGACAAAGGUGUCAUCCAAAGGGAAUUAUGCCUCAGGAAGUUAAAGGUCUCGAAGCAGUGUUGCUAGUUGUCCAAGUGAUAGCCAAGAACGACGAGAUGUCGAGAGUCGCGAUAUGCGACCAUCCGAGUUGGAAAGUUUUACAGUCUUUGAUCGGCUUGGUGAGCUGCGCGAUGCCAAUACCUUUGAAGGGCGUACUAGUGAGAACCCUCGCGGCACUGGCCAGAUCACCAGAAAGCUCCUCCAUCGUUUGGCAAAGUUUGGAGGCCGCUCAGUUUCUAUCCACUAUACCAACGACGAGCAGUUACCAGCCGAGAGGCGUGCAAACGGAAUUAGAAGAGAUCGAAUCUAGAAAUGAGGAGUACCCAUUGACACGCGCCAUGUUGGAACUAUUAGAUGUGCUCACUGAUUUUCCAAUACCACGUCUGUUGGGCGUGGGCCAACGAAAUCCAGGAUUCGAUCCGUAUCUGCACUUUAUUAUUAAUACUGUCUUCCUAAGGUUUCACACUCGUUUGUACAAAAAUCCCGCUGAGAAGUGGGAGGUAGCGGAAGCUUGUCUAAAGAUAUUCUCGAAGUUAAUAAAGCAGUACGAACCGACUAUUGAAGAUUUUGUGGGCUGCAAAGUUGAGUUGCAAGGCGGUGAAUCCACCCUAGUCAAUUCGGCUCCAGGAUAUCAUUUAAUGACACAAUUGCACACCAAUUCCGAACUAUUACAUGUGAUAUUAUACAUCUUGGACGAAGGCUGCCAUCUGUUCGAUACCUACGAUAGUUUUCUGGGCAAGAAGUAUCUCGAAAGUUGCAGCCUUUAUUGCUUGGAGAUAUUGGAACGUGGAUUAAAGAUCCAGAACAAUUAUAUGGCGCAGUUAACCGCCAUACCAUCCACGAAAAUUAUGACCGCGCUGUCGCGCUUGCUGCUCGGAGUGAAUUCUCGCACUGGCAAACCGGAUCACAUGAUUAAUAUCGUCAAAUACGUUUCCUACAAUUCGUGGCUACCGAAACAGGCUUUCGUAGCAGUUGGCGUUAUUCACGGCGUAACUAGCGAGCCUGGAGCGGACUCUGAAUUGCUAUCAACAUUUACAACAACUUCUACUUUAGCGACGAAUGUCAGGCACGGUUUUGUCGAGUGCCUAGACACGGAUAAUAUCCCGGAGGAAGACGACGAGAUAGUUAGAGUGGAUGAUCAGAGCAGGCAGUCGAUUGGAAACUGCAAAGAAAGAAUUCUACUUUUGAUGAUGCACAGUAUCACACGGCCUGCACCUAAUCUCGCCCAUUACUUGCUCGGCUUUGAAAUAACGAAGGACAUCAGGAAGACCAUUAUCCAGCAACCGGGAAUUCUCGGAUUUCCGCGUACUUGCUUGCACUCUAUCCUGGGCAUUCUGGAGCAAUCUCUCGAGCGCGGUCGCGACAAAAUAACCGAAGCUUGCUACUGUUAUCUCCAUACGUUAGCGGCUAAUAGCAAAACGUCGGCACCCGUUCUCAGAUUUUUACGUACUACGAGUAAUCAGGACUUCGUGCAGAGACAUCUUUCGAAAUUACCGUUUCAAGGACCGAAUAGGUCGACCGAACUCGGUUGCAUGUCUUGGCUAUUAAAAAUAGCGGCUAUCGAAUUGCGAGUUGCUGGUGGUAGUUUGCAGACUUCUCUGAUUCAUCGGUUAGUGGGAAGUUUCAGUCAAGACAAGGACCAGAUUGUACCUUCGCAGAAGCUUCUAAUGGAUCUCUUGCACUACAUCGAUUUCCAAUUGUACCUGGAACCCACAAAAUCAUGGGAGUUCUUUGAUCCGUCGCAAAUCGAGAUGGUACUGGGUAAAUGCAGCAUUCCCGUCGCGUUGAUGGGCGGUCCGUGGCUGAUCGACAUUAGGAAGCUGCACUCUCUCAUCACCGAGGAACUGACGGUUACGCAGAGCAGCGCGACCGCCACCCAACGCAAGCUCAUGCAGCAAGAAGUGAAGUCUAUACUAGCGCACGCAUUGAAAAAGAAUCAAACCAAAGUCCUAUCCUACGCGACUGUUAAGUUCGUAGAAGGUUGGUGCCAAACCACGGAGAUACUUUUUUCCGUUGCAACGAAUCAACAAUUGCCGGUGGCUCAACGGCAGAAUCUUCUAUUGAAUUUGUCGCACGAUUUGCUACAAAAGAUGACGUCCUGCGAAGCUUUGAGCGAAAUUAAAACGUUAGUAUCUGGCACGGUCCUAAUGCUACUGGUAAACUUGCGAAACAGUUUUGUGAUUCAAUCGGACAAUGAAUUAUUGCCAUCGUCACCGUCGAAUACAACGAUGAUGAAAAUUAUUUUAAGUCAUAUUUUACAAUGGAUCAUAAAUGCCGGCGCGUCCUCGCAGAAAGUCGUGACGCAUCUUUACGCAGCUCUAUUAAACUUCUUAAGUAUCGUUGGCUUGGAAAAAUCCGAGCACGUAAGCGCAAUGGACUCUAUGUACAUUAGUCAAUUGGACAAUUCAUUGAACAAGCUUAUGCCCGUGCAGGAACGUUCGCAACGUUACGCGACGAUUCAGGUCAUCAACAAUUUCGGAAAUCAGCUAAUGGACAUUCUGUGCCACAAUUGUUCGGGUGGGCACGACGUAUGCAAGAUGCUCGCGUUGUCGUGCCUGGACAAGAUCUUGGAAUUGGAUUACGAUAACGCGUGGAUGAUCUAUUUAGCGAGCAGAGGCUACUUGAAGCAUAUGAUAGAUAGUCUAUUAGAAUCGGACAGUCUGCUACGAUGCAUGCUGCAACCGGAGCCGCAGACGAUGCGGCCUUUGUACCUGUACGAGGCGAAGAUGGCGAUCUUCUGUAGGAUGGCAUCGACGAGAUUAGGCGCCGAGAGCCUGUUGGAGAACAAAAUCUUGUCCUGUAUGUCCAGUAUGUGCGCAUUCGAUCAGCACCCUGACGUGCACAUAGGCUUCGAGAGUAGCGAUUAUUCGUUUAUACCUUCGGUCGGCCAACGCUAUCAGCAAAUUUUCUUACCGGCUUUAUAUCUUUGCGACGCUUUGUUCACCACGCUAGGAACAGAGAAUCAAUCGUGCGCCGUGCAAGUCUGUGGAUUUCUACAGAGUCAUAGGGACACCGUAGAAAUGGCCCUAAGGAACGCAUUUUCGCACGCCAACGUGCUCUUCUUGAAGGAGAUUGCGUGUCUCACGGGAGUAAUAUCUAGAUCCGCUAAUAUAGAUAUGUACAAACUUGUGGACGAGGAAUUGGCAAAAAUAAAUAUAGACGAUUACAAAUUGGAGAGCAGCACUGGCAUGAGAGAAUUGCGAGCGCAUCUGUACCGGUUACAGAAGUUGAUGCUAUCGUUAUUAAACAAAUUUCAAUUGCAGUCGAUCCCGAUAAAUCACAAUUAUCAGCAAGCUGACGCGAACCAGCAAUAUAUUUCUUGCAUACAAAUAGUCGCCAACGUCAUGUUAUAUACACGCAAUCAAAUGCAACACAGUCGUAUGGAUCAGAAAAUACGGAACGUGCUAUUUGAGCCUCACUUAACGCCAAAGCCCGGAAGAAGACAGGAAAAAUUGAAGGACACCUCUGGUGGAGUGUGCUUGGGCACAAUUGUCGAACAACUGGUUUCCGUGACAAAUUUGCUGCACAUCGAGUUACCGCAUCUCGAUUCCCUAAUAAAGAAAGCUGUGGUGAUAAGCGAUAUGAGUACAGCGGAAUUAAAAAAAUACAUGUCCGACAACGAAGUGGAACUCGAUAUAGGAAAGCAACGAAUGCUCGUCGAACAAAAAUUAAAUCGUUGGAUAAAGGAUAAGCGGCAAAGCAUAAAAUACUGUUCUCUUAUAAUAGAACACACUUUGUAUAUUCUCUGGAGUCACUUAGAUUUUUAUACCAUGCAGAUCAUAUCACGGCAAACUCAAAGAGUGCACGUAUCUUCAGGUGGCAUCGACGAAAGUAUGAUAGAAUGGAAGGUUUCGUCAGAAACGUUAAUGGAAUUGAAACAAGGACUCGUUUCUACAUUUACAGAGACUUUUAUCACACAGUUGUUGGACACGUCACACAAUGAAUAUGCAACAGUGGAUCGUAGCUUUAUCGAAGCUCUCAUAAGACGAAUUAAGAGAUUGUUACAAUUUAUAAUUAUAAAAUAAUGAAGAAUUAACAUUUGUGUCUACAUACAUAGUUUCAAUUUUAA